AUGAUGUCGGAUUACCCCGAAAACAUGCUGAAUCAGUCUUUACUCAAGACUCGGGCCAAAGUUCAGGCAGAGUCAAAGAGAGUUGCUUACUACUACGUUUUUGGAUACGGAAUUAAUUCCAUCGGUGAAGCAAGAAACUCAUACUCGCAGAAGAAUCCCUUGGACCAAUUCCAUGGUGACGACCUUUCAAGAGUGAUCCGCGGUCAACAGGCCAUGACACCUGCCAUUAGUAAGAAACGUGGCCGUUUAGGAUCUGACAAUAUCGCGUCUGCACCUGCCAAACGAGCCCGUAAUUUUGACUCAGAGCAAGGCCGAACAGCUUUCCCAGCUGACAUGGCUCAGAAUAUACCUGACGAAUCAUUUCAGUCUCACAUGGAUGAUGGUUCUCUAGAAUUCGGUCGAGAUGCUGCGUCGGCUCUAAAAGACCCCCCCUCGUCGAGCGUUAUGCCCUGGAAUAUUUCUGCAUCGGCCCUUUCGUACCAGCGCUCUGGGAAUCAGCGGCACGCAAGUCAUCUAUUGGCGGCUUCCCCACUUAUUGGGCGCGGAUCUACAUUUGCCAAUGAUUUGAACAGGUUGCUUCCAGGCCAGGAUGAGCUCAUAGGCUUGCCAGAAUACGACACAGGAAGUUUCCUUCUGCCAGUCAAACCCUUGGAAUAUAAUCACCAGGUUUCAGAUCCUCGCCCCAGAGAGGGUGUGGGUCUUGCUAAGAGUGGCACUACUAUGGAGCCAGGCGCUCAUCAAAGAGAAUGGCUUCCCGACACACUUGAUGAGGAAAGCUCGAAAUUUCUCGCUUUUGUGCAGAGUCAAUUCCAUUUUAAACAGAGGGUAGAGUUUGCGGCGCUUGUGAGCCCUACAACUUCAAGUGCAGUCGUUGCAGCUCACGCCUUUUACCAUGUACUUAACCUCGCAAACCAGCAGCUGGUUCGCGUCACACAACGCGACUCUGCAGUCGGCAACAUAAAUGGAGCUAUUCUCAUUACUCCGUGCCGCUAG